AUGUCUGACACGCACUUGAUAGGAACGUUCACCGUUAUAUUGGCUAUUAGUGGCUUUGCGUUUGUUAAUGCUGGUGUCAUUCAUCCUGCGCCUGUUGUAGCUGUUGGGAAACUUGAAGAGUACGAUCCUCAUCCUCAGUAUACAUACGGCUAUGAUGUCAAGGAUGCACUUUCUGGCGACUCGAAAACUGCCGUAGAAGCUCGUGAUGGUCACAUAGUACGAGGUCAAUAUUCCUUAAAUGAUGCUGACGGCUACAGACGUAUUGUUGAUUAUACCGCCGAUCCUGUAAAUGGUUUUAAUGCUGUUGUUCGUCGCGAACCGCUCGUUGCCGCCAUACCUGCUGCACCAGUUGCUGUUGCUCAUCAUGCACCAGUUGCUGUUGCUCACCAUGCACCAGUCGCCGUUGCUCCUGCCGUGCCAGUCGUAAAAACAGCUGCUCCCGUAAUAGCAAGUCCGGCGUUUGUGAAAACUACUUUUGCUUCGCCACUCAUCUCCUAUGCUUAUUAG